GCCCCCUGGAGGCCUAAAGCGCCACGCCCAGGUCGCGGUCCAGUCUGCCCCGCCUCAGCGCCGUAGCCGGGUGCUCCCUGCUCGGGCCGCCCCCGAGGACGCUGCGUGGGCGGCCGUAAGCUUGUCAAAGAUGGCAGUGACUUUAUCAACUUUGGAUACUUGUGAAAGCUCCUUCACACCCCUGGUGGUCAUAGAACUUGCCCAGGAUGUCAAAGAAGAAACCAAAGAAUGGCUCAAAAACAGAAUUGUCGCUAAAAAGAAAGAUGGAGGUGCCCAGUUGCUGUUUAGACCACUGUAUAAGUGUGAGAAGGAAACAAUAGGAAACCAGAAUUUGUACCUCGUUGGUGCCUCCAACAUCAGACUGUUGCUUGGGGCAGAAGCGGUGGGGCUGGUGAAGGAGUGCACAGAUUCGGCCAUGCGGGCCUUCACCUAUGGGACCCGCCACAGCUUCAAAGGCUUCCAUGAUAACAAUGACGACUUCCUCACAAUGGCCGAGUGUCAGUUCAUUAUCAAACAUGAACUUGAGAAUCUUAGAGCUAGAGAUGAGAAGAUGAUCCCUGGCUACCCCCAGGCCAAACUGUACCCCGGGAAGUCACUGAUGAGGAGACUGCUCACAUCUGGCAUCGUGACCCAGGUGUUUCCAUUGCACGACAAUGAGGCCCUGAAGAAGCUGGAGGACUCCUGGUAUACUCGGUUUGCUCUGAAGUACCAGCCCAUAGACAGCAUUCGCGGCUACUUUGGGGAGACGAUCGCUCUGUACUUUGGGUUUUUGGAGUAUUUCACCUUUGCCUUAAUCCCCAUGGCUGUCAUCGGGCUGCCCUACUACCUGUUUGUGUGGGAAGACUAUGACAAGUACGUCAUCUUUGCCUCGUUCAACCUCAUCUGGUCCACGGUGAUCCUGGAGGUGUGGAAGCGUGGCUGUGCCAACAUGACCUACCGCUGGGGGACACUGGUCAUGAAGAGGCAGUUUGAGGAGCCCCGGCCUGGGUUUCAUGGGGUCCUGGGUAUCAAUUCUGUCACGGGCAGAGAAGAACCCCUCUACUCCAGCUACAAGAGACAGCUGCGCAUCUACCUGGUCUCCCUGCCGUUCGUGUGCCUCUGUCUCUACUUCUCCCUCUACGUCAUGAUGAUCUACUUCGACAUGGAGGACUGGGUCCUGAGUCUCCACGAGGACAACGAGUCUGUGUGGACCAGCCUCCUGCUGUAUGUGCCCAGUAUUGUGUAUGCCAUUGUGAUUGAGGUCAUGAACCGCCUCUACCGAUACGCUGCUGAGUUUCUAACGUCUUGGGAGAAUCACAGAUUGGAAUCUGCCUACCAGAAUCAUCUUGUCCUGAAAGUGCUGGUGUUCAACUUUCUGAAUUGUUUCGCCUCGCUCUUCUACAUUGCCUUUGUCCUGAAGGACAUGAAGCUUCUGCGCCAGAGCUUGGCCACACUCCUGAUCACCUCCCAGAUCCUGAACCAAGCUGUGGAAUCUCUUCUUCCUUAUUGGCUCCAACGGAAGCAUUGCGCAGCAGUAAAGAAGAAGGUGCAGGCUUUAAAGGUGGACGUUGAUACAACCUUGUAUGAGCAAGUCCUCCUGGAGAAGGAAAUGGGAACUUACCUGGGAACCUUCGAUGAUUACUUGGAGCUCUUCCUGCAGUUUGGCUAUGUGAGCCUUUUCUCCUGCGUCUACCCAUUAGCAGCUGCCUUUGCUGUGCUGAAUAACUUCACUGAGGUCAACUCAGAUGCCUUGAAAAUGUGCAGGGUCUUCAAACGGCCGUUUGCAGAACCUUCAGCCAGUAUUGGUGUGUGGCAGUUGGCCUUUGAAACGAUGAGUGUUAUAUCUGUGGUCACUAACUGUGCUCUGAUCGGGAUGUCGCCACAAGUGAAUGCGGUCUUCCCGGAGUCCAAAACAGACCUGGUUUUGAUCGUAGUGGCCGUGGAGCAUGCCCUCUUGGCUCUGAAGUUCAUCCUUGCCUUUGCCAUCCCUGAUAAACCACGGCACAUCCAGAUGAAACUGGCCAGGUUGGAAUUCGAAUCUUUGGAGGCCCUCAAGCAGCAGCAAAUGAAACUGGUGGCGGAAAACCUGAAGGAGGAGUCCCAGGAAGACAGAAGGGAAGCUACCUGAGCCCCAGAGCGCUGGCCGUCCUGUCCCCAGCCUGUCCUGAGGAACACCUGCAUCACACCUGCACAGGGCGGGGUACCACCUGAACUUGGGCCAGGUUCUGGGCUGUGUGAAGUGACGGACACAGCGGGCACCCAGUCCCUGCAAGGACUGGUUCUGUGGGAGAAGAGGCUGGGACCCUUGGUGGCUCCCUGGUGCCCUCUCAUCUGGACCCUCCCAGGGCCUCACUUUGCUCCAGGGCCUUGGCUGCCCUUGACCUUCAUCCCUAUGGAGUCCCCAGCUUUCCACAUGGCAUUCACAGGGCCCACGGUGGGGUGGUGGCUUAGGGUCUGUGCCUACUAUACCAAUUCUCAGGAUCCAUGCUGAGAGGUCCCCCCACCUGAGCUCCUCUUGGUUCUCUAUGGCAGUGUGUUGACUGACUGUAACUUAUUAAAGGCGGCCCUCACCCGA